AUGACGCGCAAGCGCCGACUGCAAGUAGAAUUGGGAGGAGAGCUGGACUAUGAUGGUGAGAAUAACAUACUUCCGCCUUAUUGCCCGGCUCCGGGCAGAGAGGAUGCUACGUCAUAUGUCAUGAUCCUGGAACACAACUCCCUUCUUAUUCACAUCCACCAGAGUAUUUAUACAGGAGAAGUUUCUAAAGAGAAUAGAGAAUCUCUUGUUCAAUUAAACACUCUGGAUGUUUUAGAAGAGUAUGGAGUGGAGAUAAAUGAAGAAAAGGACGAAAGACCGUUUUACAAGAGAAGCAUCCAACUGCUGGAGGAUGUUGAAGCUCUGGAGUACAUAAUAAACAUCGUGAAACAGGAACUGUCUGAUGAAGAGAUCAAUAGUAUCUAUCUGGAGGGUGAUAGCCAGCUGUCCGAAGUAGUUCCUUACUCGGGACAGCAUCUUGCACUUCUCGAUGUUGAGAAUAACGAACGUCAGGAUUCGAACAAUAAUUCGAUGAGUGACCAAGAUGUUGAGGUUAUCAGUCCACCAAUGGUGAUAGAGGACGUUGUAGAUACAACUCCUGAUAAACAAGAAGAAACUGUUGCUGAUGAGGGAAUAAAUAAAACGCGUACUGACGAUAAUACUGCAGAGACAGUAACUGUAAAAAGACUGACGGUCGAAGAUAUGAUUGGGUACAGCGGAGGACUGCGGGUUUACGAGAGGUAUGAAGGGAAGGUAAUGGAAGAAAGGAUGAACAAAAUACCUUAUAUGAUAAAUCUGUCCCAUGUUGAUCAGAUCCAGACCAUGUUGAACACACAUGUUGAUCAGAAGGAGACUAUGCUUGGUUGA